AUGGUCUUAAUAAAUAAUCAUUUUAACGAUAUCGAUUCAACACAAUGUUAUUAUGGUGAAUGUGACAGUUUACUAGUAAAUUGUUGUAGUACAGCUCGUUUAUCAUCUCCUUUUAAAUUUCGUACAAUGAAUAGACGACGCAGACAAAUGGCUUUUGAUAUGCUGAGACAAAUGAAAACGCAGCAUCAAACAACAGGAGUUGCGUCUACAAGAUCAAAAAGACAUAGAAAUAAAAAAUGUUUUUAUAGAGCACUUUGUUGUACUGAGCUACAUAUUAGUGAAAGUCAAUCAAGUGUGUAUUCUCCAGCUAUGGCAACUAGUAAAUAUAAACCUCGUAUAUCAUCAGCUGGUCUUACAAAUGAACUUUAUUUUACAUCACAUAAACCUGAUGGUGAUAAUGAAAAAACACCACCAGUAUUAAUGCGUAAUAAACGUCGAUCUCCAUAUCCUAACAAUACACCUAUUGAAACUACACCAGUAGUAUCAAGCACUCGUCGUCCAAUAUCAUCUCCUGUUCGUUCUACAACAUAUGUUCUUCAACAACAUCAUAGAAUCAAUAAUAAUCAAAAUAAUAAUAAUAUUUUAAAUAAAAAACAUUCUUCACCUAUACUUCAACAUUCUCAACAAUCAUCAGUAAUAUUAAAUAAAAGUCGACAAACACCGCAACAACAACGUACAUAUUCUAAUCAUGAAAGGUUACAAACAAAUGGAGAUGCAUCAACGACAAAUCAACAAUUUACUGCUCGUGCACAUAUUACAUUAACACCGAGACGCCCAUCACCUAUAGUUAAAAAUACACCGACAAAGACAACACCGUACAUAUCAAGGUCCCCUCGAAUUCCAAAUGCUCCAUCGGUUCGUCCUUCUCGUCCAAUAGUGCCGGUAUCAAUCGUACCAAAUCAACAACGUUCACCUCAUGUUCAACUUCGUCCUCGAAAUUUAACACCAACAACUCAACGAACAAUUUCAUCAUCUCCAACAAGAAUAACAACAACAACAACUACUAAAUCAAUUCGUCCUAAUAACAAAACAUCAAAAUCACCUGAACAAUUACGACCUGUGACAGGUACAAUCACACGUCCUCGACCAGUGCAUACUACUGUAAAUAAAUCGAAAACAAAUAUAACAAAUUCAAAUAUCAAAAGUCGAAUACCUGCUGUGGCUAUUGUUCAACCGAUAACAUCACCAUUAUUAACUCCUCGUGUCUCUGAUCUCGAUGCAUUAAUGGCAGAAAAACAUGUGAAUACACCAUCACCUAAUCAUAUUGCAUUAAAAUCAACAACUAUUACUCCAUCACCAAUUGGCAAUAAUAUUCGACGUUCAUUAUUUUCAACAGAUACUGUUAAAGUUGUACGACCAGUUCGUAGUCAAGAAUUAAAAACAUUUUCUUGUCAUUUAACUACUCAACCAUCGCCACCCGUAUCGAUAUCAAUCGUCUCUGAUGAUGUAGAUCAUUCAAAUAUUGAUGAAACACUUUCAACAUUAACACCAACAUCAUUGGAGCAAAAACCUAUUGGUAACAUUCAUGACAAACAAAACAUUGAAAAAAAUGAUGAUUCCUCUUCGAAUACGUCUGCAAUGUUACGUGAUCUUUCGGAAGAUAGUCUUAAUGAACAUUAUCAUAUUAGACAAUUACUUAGAAGCAAUGUAUCGAUUACAGCAAUGAAGCAUGAUAGUACACAAAAUAGUUCUUCAAAUGAUGAUAUUCCAACAUCAUCGGGUGUAACAUCAUGGUCACGUAUUCGAUCAUCAUGUGAAAGUAAUAUAUCUCAUGUACCACCAUUGAAAAGUGAAACAUCACCAAGUCCAGCUUAUUAUAAUGGUCCUAUUCGACAAGAAAAUAUUCAAAUGGCUAGUGAUGGACGAUAUUUUCUCUUAAUUGAUGAUAAUAUAAGUAGUGAAGAAAGUCAUCUAAGUACAGCAUCAUCGGCAUCGUUACCACUACCAUCAUCGCCAUCAUCAUCAUCAUCAUCUUCAGUACCAUUACCUCAAGUGUCUUCACCAUUAAUAAAAACACCAGUGAUACCAACAAGAGAACGAAAAGCUUUUAUACAUCGUUUGGUAUUCCCGGAACGUCUUGGUCGUGUAAUAUUUUAUCGUCGAAUAUUAUCAGAUUCUGAUAUUUAUCAAAAACUUUGCUCGAAAGAUAAUGAGAUAAACCACAAUGUAUAUCAUUUAGAUACAAUACGUGAUUAUGCAAUGGAAUUUUAUAUGUUAACAACAUAUGGUUCUGAUUCACAAUUACGUGCAUGGUUUGAUUGUAAUUAUGAUAAUACAGUGAAUAAUACAUGUUAUUUUGAUGACAAUCGACUUCAAUCGCUCGAUGACGAUGACGACGACGACGAUGAUGAUGAUGAUGACGACGAAGACUUACAUAGACAUCGAAUGAAAGUUAUUAGUAGUAGUGAUAGUAUGAUACCUGAAGAUGAUUUAAAUCGUUUACAAGCUGAUGAAGAACUUGAUUGGUAUUCUGAACUUGAAUCAUUUAAUUUAUCACCAAAUAAUCAAGAAUGGAAACAAGGAAAUCUAUCAAGUAGUUCAAGUGAAGAUCAUGUCGAAGAUUUAUUACGUGUUGAACAGUUUUCUGUAUCAAGUUUAACAACAAGUACAUCAGCUGAAUCAUCAAGUUCAGCUGGUUUAAUAUCAGCUUCAUGGCCAUUAACAAAUGGUAUUCAUUAUUCAGCUCAUAAUACGAAUCGUUCAUCACAAUCACUCGGUUCUCCUCCAUUAACAAAACUCGAUGAUCAAAGUAAUACAGUCUUAAACGAUAUUUUGACUUAUCCAUGGACAAAUGAAAUAUCUGAUUCCCAUCCAAAUUCUCAUGAAAUUGAACAUGAUCAAAAUGGAAAUGGUAUAUCAUCAUCAUCAGUUGUUUCUGAUGAAUUUCAACCUGAUUUUUAUUAUUUAUGUCCACUUAAAAAUACAUUAAGUUUUCUUAAAACCGAUGAAAAAACUAAUGGUAUUCAUAAACAAUUAUCUCAUGAUGUUUAA